AUGGAGCACGGCUUCUCUUGUCCCCAAGGCGGUCACUUUUACGUCUGCGAAAAUAAUGCUACUGAAUUUAUAGGCUGUUGUACCAUUAAUCCCUGUGACGGAAGCGGAAUAUGCCCGAAAGCAAACCUCACCCAAGCAAGCUUCGCUGCGGAUUCAUUCGAGAACAUACCGUCUCAAAACUGUUCGGAUCAGAAAGGCGUCGAUGUGUGGUGGACAUGUAAAGAGACCAGUCUCCCCUUUCUUGGGUGCUGUUCUAGCAACCCAUGCUCAUCUGGAGCCUGUGCCGCCAGCGACCUUAUCCCUGCACGCCUCAGCGACAAUAGGACCAGGGCUUCCGUAUUCCUCAGCGCCACUACAAAUGUUACACCUUCAGCUAUAGCCUUACCCAGCAAUCUACCAGCAGUCUCUGUCGAAUCCAUUCCUGCUCACAGCAUCCAGCCCGCUGUAAUUGCCGCUAUAGUCGUCAGUGCAGUCGCCCUGAUCGUUAGCAUCCUGGCAAUAAUCUGGAUCCAAUGCAUCAAGAAAGCCAAACAUGGCGAUUCAUCGUCAUUGCAAAACUAUCAAACUCCUUCAGGAGUUGUCGAACUUCCCCCUAACAACCACCAUACCGGAAACCAGUGGGCACAUCCGAACCAACGAAGCCAAUUUGAUCAGCAACAGCGCCCAGCUAGUUGGAAGCCAUACCGACCAGGUUAUUGUUCCCAGACUCAUCUUGGCUGGGCGGACUCCCGAUAGGGGCAGAAUAAUUGUAUCGCGG